AUGGAACGUAGUCAGUUACAAUUCCUUGAGCGCAAGCCAUCUCCUCAAGCUAGUUCUUCCGGUCAGGACCAACCAGGCAUUCGAGCUUGGGGAUAUAGACAAAGACAUCUCAUAAAUUACAUCGAAGUUACCAGUAUUCAUACAAUCAGUGUCUCUCCACGGUCCAGUGAUGACGGCGACGGCUCAUUCCAGGCCUCAAUUCAAGACGUCAGAAGGGUGGUAUUAGAACAGGAGGAGCUUGAACGUUUGAGCAGGGUAUCUACAUCUACAGCAUUCACUAGGGAGCUGACUUCGUCCAGCGAGGUGGAUGUCGAUUUGGAUUCGGACAGCUCUGGUAACGCACAGACCGCGCGCGCCAACUAUAACAACUCGAGCUCUUCAUCUGUGAAUUCCAACAGGAAUCCUCGAAACAGGGUCAAUUGGGCAGAAGACAUGAUGUCAGAUUACUCAGAUAGGGGCUCUUCAGACACGAGCUCAUCCACCAGCCGAUGA